AUGCGCGCGGCGGUACUCCGGAGUCGUCCGGACGGCCCUGCGCUGAGGUCAAUUGGAUCUCUGGCGACCGGUUUUCAAGCUUCAAAGACUGCCUUGGCUGCCAGGUUCCCUAUCACCCGCUCGUUGAACACCUCCUCCCGCCGGCCUCUGCCCCGGCGUCCCUACGGCCCAACUCCCAAUGUAUCGAUCCCGAUCCGGUUCCAGUCCGAUAAGGCGGCUGCAAAGGUUACCGUCAAGCAGCGACCAAAGGUUCUAGCAGCUCUCUACAAGUCGUUCGCUUUCUGCGGUUUCUUUGUUAUCGGCACCGGUGUCGUGGUCCUCGCCUUCUUCCUUUACGAUGCUAGUACAUACCGCGAGACCCCGAGCGCGGAGGAUAUCCCUGUCUCUGAAUUGGCGCUCAACCCGCGUCGCGGUGGACCCAAGAACUUGCCAAUUGCCGAUGUUCUUGUUGGCGACUACGAUUCGGAAUCUAUGAUUGAGCAGAAGGAUAAGCCUCGUCUGGUUAUCCUGGGUACUGGUUGGGGUAGCAUUGCGCUGCUUAAGAAUCUGAACCCGGGUGACUACCACGUUACCGUUGUUUCUCCGACUAAUUACUUCCUGUUUACUCCCAUGUUGCCCUCCGCUACGGUGGGAACGCUUGGUCUUCGGUCUCUGGUUGAACCUGUGCGACGUAUCAUCGAUCGUGUCAAUGGGCAUUUCUUGAAGGCUUCUGCGACAGAUGUCGACUUCUCGCACAAGUUGGUUGAGGUCUCUCAGGUUGAUCAGGAUGGAAAUACCAAGAACUUCUAUCUUCCUUAUGAUAAGCUUGUUAUCGGUGUUGGCUGUGUGACAAACCCCCACGGUGUCAAGGGUCUCGAGAACUGCAACUUCCUGAAGACCAUUGACGAUGCUCGCCAGAUCAAGAACAAGGUGCUGGAUAAUAUGGAACGGGCUUGCCUACCCACUACUACCGACGAGGAACGCCGGCGUCUGCUGUCUUUCGUUGUCUGCGGUGGUGGUCCUACUGGUGUCGAAUUCGCUGCUGAGCUGUUCGAUCUACUCAAUGAGGACCUACUUCACUCUUUCCCUCGCAUCAUCCGCAACGAAAUUUCCGUCCACAUCAUCCAGAGCCGAACCCAUAUUCUGAACACUUAUGACGAAGCACUUUCCAAAUAUGCCGAGGGCCGUUUCUCCCGCGACGGUGUUGAAGUCUUGACAAAUGCCCGUGUUAAGGAGGUCCAGAAGGACCGCGUUCUCUUCACUCAGGUCGAAGAUGGAAAGACCGUCGUCAAGGAAAUUCCUACCGGAUUCUGUCUUUGGUCUACCGGAGUUUCUCGUGCCGAGAUUUGCGAGACCCUCUCCAAGCAUCUUGAAGGACAAAACAAUAAACACGCUUUGGAAACCGACUCCCACCUCCGUGUGAUUGGCGCUCCUCUGGGCGAUGUCUACGCCAUUGGUGAUUGCUCCACCGUCCAGAACAACGUCGCUGAAAACAUCAUCAAGUUCCUGCGCACCAUCGCCUGGGAGAAGGGCCGUGACCCCGAGAAAGUGCACCUGAACUUCGCCGAAUGGCGCGACGUCGCCAACCGCGUGAAGAAGCGCUUCCCUCAAGCCUCGAACCAUCUCCGCCGUGUGGAUCGCCUUUUCGAGCAGUACGACGUCGACCAUUCCGGUACCCUCGACUACGGCGAGCUCUCCGAGCUCCUGCACCAGAUCGAUACCAAGCUCACUUCCUUGCCCGCAACUGCCCAGCGCGCUAACCAGCAGGGUGUCUACCUAGGCCGCAAGCUGACCAAGAUCGCUUCCGCCCUCCCCGGUCUCAAGGCUAACGAGAUCGACUACGGUGACCUGGACGAGGCUGUCUACAAGGCGUUCAAGUACAGGCAUCUCGGUAGUCUGGCGUAUAUCAGCAACGCAGCUAUUUUCGACUUUGGCGGUAUGAGCUUCAGUGGUGGCGUUAUUGCCAUGUAUCUCUGGCGCAGUAUUUACUUUGCGGAGAGUGUCAGCUUCCGGACGCGGUGUAUGCUGGCGAUGGAUUGGGCGAAGCGUGCUCUCUUCGGAAGAGAUCUUAUGAGCUUCUAA